AUGACUAGUUUGUGUCUGACACUUGGCCUAUGUCACUGUAUGAGAGAUGAGUGGUCAUGUAAAGAAUAUGUAUCCUCAGCUGUCCAUAUCACAAGCAGCAAGAACAUUGCUCUCCCUGUUACUGGUGGCUGCCAUUGAUUCAAUGAAUGCUGGAAUAACAUGUAGAAACCAACAAUGUGAGAGUCACAUACAAAGAAGUUCCAAGCUAACCAGACUCAUACAUAUGGAAUCUGUGGACCUCUUAAAAAUAUAUAAGGCCAGUCAAGGAGACCUGUCAGAGCUGUUCUGCCAGAUGCCAAUCAACAUUGUUCCUGACCCAAACAUCUCUGGCCUGGACCCCUCAGAGCGGAUGCUGAGCAUCUACUCCCACUGUAAGGCUUUCCUACCACACCUGAAGAGAGUCACUGAGCAACAGAGGGACUUACAGCCACCCUCCAGCCCCCUGCUAAACAACCUCACCACUGCCCAGUACCGCACUAGUGGUCUGGCCAACCAAAUAAACUGCAUUUACCAAACCCUCUUUCCAAACCUGCCCAUCCCACUUGAACCUGUAGACGGACCGACGUCAGUACACCCCUCCCAAAACGUGUUCCAACAGAAGGUCUAUGGUUGUGUGGUUCUGAAGAAUUUCAAGGAGCUCCUGUCACAGAUCAGACAUGAACUAAGGACCAUAAAGAACCAAAUGUGCAAAAGUAGGACAUUUGCAUACAGAAAUGCACUGUUCUGAGGCCAACGUUCUAUUAUAUUUUAUUUAUUAUUUAUUUGUACACGUGUUCAGAAGUUACGGAAGCUUAUUGCUGCCACUGAAAAAAAACUGUAUGCACAAAUGUUCGACUUUGAAUAACUUAAAUAUAUUUGGUUUGUGUUGAGAAUGAAUUAACUUAACUUGUGUGUUAAAAUUGCCCUGCAGUAUUCUUGUAGACUGCUGUGAGAUUUUAAAAUGAAUGUCUUUUGUCAAA